UCAUGAGGAAUUUGAGGUGUGAAUGGUCAUUAACAUAUCUUUUGUUUCCAAGGGUGGGAGAGAUCUGAGGUGUGAAUUGGUCAUUACAAUGUGUGACAAGCUUGGUAGGAACAUCCUGUGUUCAGUGUUUUGUCCAUCUGAGUACCUUGAAAUCUCUUUGCAUGCUUUUUUCAUGAAAAGGCUCUGGACAGCAUUGGGAACUGGAAAAGUUAAAACAAAAAUUCACACGCAAACGCUUUCCCGCGUUUAGACGCGUUUACAAGCGUUUUGCAUUUGAGACGCUGAUAAAAUUGACAUCUGAACGCAAGUUUGUUGCUU